AUGACGACCAUGCCAGAGGAACAGCCGUUGCUUGUGGAAGACCCUCUCUGCGAGGAGGACCUCUCCAAACAUUUGCUUGACUUUGAUCCCAGCGGCGACCCUGAGAACCCAGAGAGUGGCCGACACCCUUCAAGUGGACUAUUAACUUUCACAUGUAUCUCGGUAGUGCCGGUCGCCGCGCACAUCAUUGAGGAUUUGGACCCGAGUGAAGGCCCAAACUCCCCCGCGAGCGCCUUGCUCGUCACCAUUUGGGAGCUGGGCGAGGCCGCGGGACCUCUCCUCAUCGCGCCCCUGUCUGAGAUUUACGGCCGCUACCCCGUCAUGAACGCCGCCAACAUCCUUUUCAUCACGGCUACCGUCCUCGCCGCCCUCAGCACGAGUACCCCGCUCCUCAUCAGCGCCCGCUGCCUUACCGGUCUCGCCGUUGCCUCCAAUGUACUGAAUCCGGCCAUCAUCGGUGACAUGUUCGUCCCGGACAACCGUGGCUCCGCCAUGAGCAUGGUCUCGCUCGCUCCCCUCAUCGGCGGCGCUGUCGGUCCGAUGAUUAGCGGCACCAUUGCACAGACGCUGGGAUGGAGGCAGGUUCUGUGGAUGAGCGCUGGUUUGGCUACCGUGUGCGAGCUGCUGUUCCUCACUUGCUUCAGGGAGACGUACAAGAUGACUAUCCUGAGACGCCGCGCGGCGAAUCAGGCCGACGAACAUGGGGCGCCGCUGCACCCGGCGGGUGUCGACGACCACAAAAGCAUGCUGAAGCUCUGGGAGUCUAUUAAACGACCUUUCCUGGUGUUGUUCAGAUCCAACGUUCUGAUGGGGCUUUCGUUCUUUGGCUGCAUCACGUUCGCCUACUUCUAUGUCAUGUCCAUCAGUUUGCCCGUCAUUCUCCAGGAGGUGUACGGUUUCUCGCCCGCGCUCACCGGUCUUUCGUUCAUGUCCUUUAGCGUUGGUUCCUUCAUCAGUGUUCUGGUCAGCAAUUUCAGUCUGGACAGGAUCUACGUAAAGCUUCGCGGUAACGACCCUGUAGGACGCCCCGAGUACCGCCUCCCACUGGUUAUCGUUGGAGCCUUUACCCUGCCUCUUUCCAUCACCGCAUAUGGCUGGAUCGCCCAGUUGCAUCUCCCCGUCGGCUUCCUACUGCUGUCGGUAGCAAUGCUCGGCUUUACCCUUUUGAUGGCCUCCUUGCCGCUUUCAGCCUAUGUGGUCGACGCCGCUGGUGUGUAUUCCGCUUCCGCGAUGACCGGGGUUAUCGUGACGCGAUGCCUUGCCGGCACCUUCCUGCCCUUGGCCAGCGGGCCCAUGGUGCAGACAUUCGGCUACGGCUGGGGGUUCACGAUGCUCGGUGCCUUUAGCAUUUGUCUGGCGCCCAUCCCGGUGCUUGUUAUGAGAUACGGCCACGUCUGGCGCCAAAAGUCUGAGUAUACGAGAGAUGCCUGA